UUCCACACGCACCCCACACCCCUCAAAACAAACCCUAAUCAUCUCUCUCUCUCUCCAAUACUAAAUCAAAUUCCAUUUCAUUGAGAUAUCAGCAACUCCAGAACUUCUCAUACAUGGUCUAGACCUAUCCAAUUCACGGAGUUAGGGCUCUGAACUGUUCGAAAUAAUCGCCAAGAAUGUCAACCACAGUCCCAGCAAAUACCGCAACAUCGCCGGCUAGGUCCCCGCCCCGAUCUUCUGAUGACAUCGUAGACACGACGCCGUUGCUCUCCUCCUCCGGUGUGUCUCAAGAUGAUGGUAGCAAUGUCGGUACCCAUCCGAGCCGACGACCUGUAAGGAGGCAGAGCCUGCGGGAAGCAGCGCGGUUUCUGCGCCGUGCUAGCAGCCGGCGCAUGAUGCGCGAGCCGUCGAUGCUAGUGCGUGAGGCUGCCGCCGAGCAGCUGGAGGAGAGACAGAGCGACUGGGCAUAUUCGAAGCCCGUUGUUAUCCUUGACAUCGUUUGGAACUUCGCGUUCGUGGCGGUAGCGGCGUCCGUGCUGUUAUUAAGCCGAGAGGAGAAUCCCAGCAUGCCCCUGAGGCUCUGGAUAGUCGGGUACGCUUUGCAGUGUGCGUUGCAUAUGGUGUGUGUUUGCGUAGAAUAUAGGAGGAGGAGGAGGAGGAGGCUGGGGCUGCGAUUCCGCUCUUCUUCCUCGUCAUCUAUUGAUGAAGGAAGUUUGAGCUCGAGGAGGGAUUCAGACGAGCGUUAUGUUACCUUGGCGCAUUUGGAGCGAGAGGAUGAGGGCACAAGUUCUCUCAGCAGUGUUGCAAAGCAUCUAGAAUCUGCAAACACAAUGUUUUCGUUCAUAUGGUGGAUCAUAUCCAACAUCCGUGUCUGUGUCUGUGUACCUCAUUAUUAUCUAUCUUUAUGCAACCUUUUGGAGCAGGAAGGAGCAUCCAAAGAAGACAUUGAUCAGUUGUCCAAAUUUAAAUUUCAAAGGGUUGGUGAUACUGAUAAUGAUAAGCUUUCCAGUGAUGCACAAGUAGGAGGAGUAAUGACAGAAUGUGGCACUGAUUCACCUGUCGAACAUGUGCUUUUACAGGAUGAUGCGGAGUGUUGCAUCUGUCUGUCUCCUUACGAAGAUGGAGUUGAGUUACGUGAACUUCCUUGCGGGCAUCAUUUUCACUGUGCUUGUGUAGAUAAGUGGCUGUAUAUAAAUGCAACGUGUCCUCUCUGCAAGUACAACAUUUUGAAGAGUAGUAGCCAUGAUAGGGAGGAAGUAUAAAAGCUUUCCAAGCAAGUAUGAAUGUUUGGUCUGUGGGAUCUGCGUACAAAUAUAGCUUGAGGGCAUUCUCCCGCAUGACGUGCUAUUAGUUUCAAUGCUGGUUCUCUUCUCAAUUCUCGAUGUUUGUAGUCUUGGUGACAACAGUAUUUUGCCUUUUUCUUGAGUCAGUGUAUAUUGUUCUCUUUCGACAACACAGGAUCGCUAACUAAGGCUAGAGCACAUGUGUGACUAUUCUGGAAGGCUUUCAUGUGUUGCGAGCAACGUUAGCGAGGUGUUUCAAGGGUACUUUCUUGAGCAAGAUAUUGUAAGAGAUGUUUGUAGUUUCUUUUUCUUUUUUUCUUUUGGGGGGGGGGGGGGGUGGUGCAAGAUAUUAAGGUAUAUUUCAUAAUGUGCUUUAUGUUGUUUGUGAAUUAAGAUGAUGAAGGGAGAAAAAACCUGAGUUCUAUACUUGUUACAUAUGUUGUGAAGUAGAGAGUAGAAAUAAAACUCCUAUCCACAGACAGAGCCACCCUGCCACGAGGGCUUUGUAUUUUUUCCUCACCCCUAUCCUACAACUUGGGAGCCGCUUAAUGAUUGUGUUUAAGAAA